AUGCCAGAUCCAGGAACAAAUAGACACCGUAAGAUGUCAGAUCUAGGAACAAAUGGACACGUAAGAUGCAAGAUCCAGGAACAAAUGGACACCGUAAGAUGCAAUAUCCAGGAACAAAUGUACACCGUAAGAUGUCAGAUCCAGGAACAAAUGGACACAGUACGAUGCCAGAUUCAGGAACAAAUGGACACAGUUCGAUGCAAGAUCCAGGAACAAAUGGACACCGUAAGAUGCAAGAUCCAGGAACAAAUAGACACCGUAAGAUGCAAUAUUCAGGAACAAAUAGAAACCGUAAGAUGCCAGAUCCAAGAACAAAUGGACACCUUAAGAUGCAAGAUCAAGGAACAAAUGAACACAGUACGAUGCAAGAUCCAGGAACAAAUGGACACAGUACGAUGCAAGAUCCAGGAACAAACGGACGCCGUAAGAUGCAAGAUCCAGGAACAAACGGACACCGUAAGAUGCAAGAUCCAGGAACAAAUGGACACCGUAAGAUGCCAGAUCCAGGAACAAAUAGACACCGUAAGAUGUCAGAUCUAG